AUGAGUGCAUUGAGCAGUACGCUAGAUGCACUGAGCCUCAACCUCGUCAACCUUACGCAGGACCUGGGCAACUUGAGCGACAGUGGCGACAGACAUGAGCCCAAAGGUGGCAAGGGCGCCGUCGCGCAGAUGUUGGAUUUUCUGCUGCCAGACAUGGAGGUGGAGGAGGAGGAGCCCAAGCCGUGCCCGGAAGGUUGGGAGAGGGUGAUCGGAGAUGUGUACGGUGGCGACCAGUUUUCUGGUGGAUGGCGUCACUCAGCCGAGACUGUCGAGGAUUGCGCAUGGAGGUGUUUGACGCAGCCGGGAUGCGGGAGCUUCGAGUGGAGUGAGUCCAGGAAGAGGUGCUUUCGCAACAGCCAGACACGGCCGACACAUGAGGCCGAUCGCCCGGGGUUUGUGUUUUGCCGACGCCAGCCUUGCCCGAGCUUUCGGACGCAAGAGGGCUGCGUGGGUCCGGGCGUUUCCCCGGGCUUUUACUCCAAGGAGGUACGACUGCGGCCGGGCAGCUACUGUAUUUGGUCCGGCGGCGCCUGCCAGGCCCCAAUGGCGUGCACCGACUCGGAUUGUUUUUUGCCGGAUGGCGGCCUGCCGGGCAUGAAACUUCCGAGUCGCUACACGCUCUGGAUCUCUCGCCCCGGCUUGCAGGCCACCAUGCAGUGA